AUGCUCGCGGCUCAGAGCAAACAGAAGGGUUAUGCUAAUCCAAAGUGUUGGGAUAUUGAUUUUCAGAUCGGUGAUAUGGUAUUUCUCCGAAUAUUGCCGAUGAAAGGCAUUAAACUCUUUGGUGAGAAAGGAAAGCUUAACCCAAGGUUCAUUGGACCUUUUGAAAUCCUCGUGAGGAUAUGGCAAGCAAUGUACAGGUUGGCUAUGCCCCCAGUGCUGGGACAUAAGCUUCGGAUGUAUGUCUCAGAUUCGUCGCAUAUCCUGAGUGAUGAAGCAUUGGGACAUAAGCCAGGUUCGUCAUAUGAGGAACAUGUUGGAAGAUGUUUUACCAGGAUCUAG